CUUCGACAAACUGACGUGAAACGGGUCCUUUUUCAAGCGUACGCCAUUGCUGGUGUAUGGUAGUUUAUUUUAUUGAAAUAAAAUCAAAAACCAUCCAAUAUGGUGAAUUUUACGGUAGACGAGAUCCGUGGGAUGAUGGACAAAAAGCGGAACAUCCGCAACAUGUCCGUCAUCGCUCACGUCGACCACGGCAAGUCGACGCUCACAGACUCGCUGGUCUCCAAGGCCGGUAUCAUCGCCGGCGCCCGAGCCGGUGAGACCCGCUUCACAGACACCCGCAAGGAUGAACAGGACAGAUGUAUCACCAUCAAGUCUACUGCUAUUUCUAUGUUCUUCGAGCUCGAAGACAAAGACUUGGUGUUCAUCACCAACGCUGACCAGUGUGAGAAGGGAGAGAAGGGUUUCUUGAUCAACUUGAUCGACUCCCCCGGGCACGUUGACUUCUCCUCUGAGGUGACAGCUGCUCUCCGUGUCACAGACGGAGCCCUGGUCGUGGUAGACUGUGUCUCUGGUGUGUGUGUACAAACUGAAACCGUGCUGCGUCAAGCCAUCGCCGAGCGUAUCAAGCCUAUUCUUUUCAUGAACAAAAUGGACCGCGCUCUGCUCGAGCUGCAGUUGGAAUCAGAAGAGCUCUACCAGACUUUCCAGCGUAUCGUUGAAAACGUUAACGUUAUUAUUGCUACCUACUCUGAUGACAGUGGUCCCAUGGGUGAGGUGCGCGUAGACCCCAGCAAGGGCUCCGUGGGCUUCGGCUCCGGCCUGCACGGAUGGGCCUUCACCCUCAAGCAGUUCUCCGAGAUGUAUGCUGACAAGUUCAAGAUCGACCUGGUCAAGCUCAUGAACAGACUAUGGGGAGAGAACUUCUUCAACGCCAAGACCAAGAAGUGGGCCAAGCAGAAGGACAACGAUAACAAGCGCUCGUUCUGCAUGUACGUGCUCGACCCCAUCUACAAGGUGUUCGACGCCAUCAUGAACUUCAAGAAGGACGAGAUCGACUCGCUGCUCAAGAAGAUCGGCGUCACCCUCAAGCACGAGGACUCCGACAAGGACGGAAAGGCCCUCCUCAAGGUCGUCAUGAGGACCUGGCUGCCGGCCGGAGAGGCUCUGCUUCAGAUGAUUGCCAUCCACCUGCCCUCCCCUGUGGUGGCCCAGAAGUACCGUAUGGAGAUGUUGUACGAGGGACCCCACGAUGACGAGGCCGCCGUUGGUAUCAAGAACUGCGACCCCGAGGCGCCCCUUAUGAUGUACGUAAGCAAGAUGGUGCCGACCUCCGACAAGGGUCGCUUCUACGCCUUCGGUCGUGUGUUCUCCGGCAAGGUCGUCACCGGACAGAAGGCCCGCAUCAUGGGACCCAACUUCCAGCCUGGCAAGAAAGAGGACUUGUACGAGAAGACCAUCCAGCGUACCAUCCUUAUGAUGGGCCGUUACGUCGAGGCCAUCGAGGAUGUGCCGUCCGGCAACAUCUGCGGUCUGGUCGGCGUCGACCAGUUCCUCGUCAAGACCGGAACCAUCACCACUUUCAAGAACGCACACAACAUGAAGGUGAUGAAGUUCAGCGUAUCUCCCGUGGUGCGUGUCGCCGUCGAGCCCAAGAAUCCCGCCGACCUGCCCAAGCUGGUCGAGGGUCUCAAGCGCCUGGCCAAGUCCGACCCCAUGGUGCAGUGCAUCAACGAGGAGUCUGGCGAGCACAUCGUGGCUGGAGCCGGAGAGCUGCAUCUUGAGAUCUGUCUCAAGGACUUAGAAGAGGACCACGCUUGCAUUCCAAUCAAGAAGUCCGACCCCGUGGUGUCGUACCGCGAGACCGUAAACCAGGAGUCGGACCAGAUGUGCUUGUCCAAGUCGCCCAACAAGCACAACAGGCUCUUCAUGAAGGCCCAACCCAUGCCUGAGGGUCUUGCCGAGGACAUUGACGAGGGCCACGUGAACCCCCGCGAUGACUUCAAGACCCGUGCGCGUUAUCUGACCGACAAGUACAACUACGACGUGACCGAGGCGCGUAAGAUCUGGUGCUUCGGGCCCGAGGGCACCGGCCCCAACAUCCUCGUCGACUGCUCUAAGGGAGUGCAGUACCUGAACGAAAUCAAGGACUCCGUCGUCGCCGGAUUCCAAUGGGCGUCCAAGGAGGGCGUCAUGGCCGAGGAGAACCUGCGCGCAGUGCGCUUCAACAUCUAUGACGUCACACUGCACACCGACGCCAUCCACAGGGGAGGCGGUCAGAUCAUUCCCACCACCAGGCGGUGCCUCUACGCUUGCCUGCUCACCGCCAAGCCCAGGCUUAUGGAGCCCAUCUACUUGUGCGAGAUUCAGUGCCCCGAAGUGGCCGUGGGCGGUAUCUACGGAGUCCUGAACAGACGCCGAGGGCACGUGUUCGAGGAGUCGCAAGUGGCCGGUACUCCGAUGUUCGUGGUCAAGGCCUACCUGCCCGUCAACGAGUCGUUCGGCUUUACCGCCGACCUCCGCUCCAACACCGGAGGACAGGCCUUCCCGCAGUGCGUGUUCGACCAUUGGCAAGUGCUGCCCGCUGAUCCUUGCGAGCCCGGCACCAAGUCCUACGUCAUUGUGCAGGAAACGAGGAAACGGAAAGGACUGAAGGAGGGUCUCCCCGACUUAACUCAAUACCUGGACAAAUUGUAAACUGCGUAGCUAAAACAAUCCGUUGUAAUAUAACAUGUACCACACGCGCCUCCCGCACCAUUAUGUUCGCCGAUAAGUUUGUAAGCGCAAGCGAGCUACCAAUAAAUAUUGCUGGUCGAUAUAAUGCAUUGUUAAUACAUAUUACCACAUUACGUGUGAUACUAGACUGUUAUUAUGUAGUAUCACAAUUAUAUAAAUAUAUUAAAAGAAAUGAUAAUGCUAUCCCUUCAUUCGUGAAAAUUGUUAUCACUUGAUAUGUAGUGGGGAACCAGGACUACUUUACUUAUACUGUAAUUAAUUUUUAAAUUAUAAUUUUUCUAUUGUAAAA